GCCUGAACUCUAGUUCAUAUUUAUAAUUUACUGUUUAUUUAAAAAAAUUUAUAGUUUAAAUAGCAAGUUGUUUCUAAAAUUUCCAAAAACUUAAAAAAUCCCUAUUUUUUGUUAAAUAUUUUAAACUUGGCAACUCAUUAGCUGUUUAAUUUUAUUAUUUACCUUUUGUGAUAACAAUUUUUAUAAAAUUCCUAAAAAUUGCAUUUAAAACUUUUCCGUUUUCCUCAUUAUUAUUAAAAAACUAUGUCUACAGCGCUAGUUACUCAAGAAUUAUUUAACAAGAUGGAUUUUAAUGCCUCUGCUGCAACCAAAGCAACUGAAACUAAUAAAGGUACAUCCAGCCCACAACCCUCCGUGUUAAUAGUGUUCGCCAAUAGUGAUAUAAAUGCUGCUCUUUACCAUUUAAGCAAAUCCUUGGAAAAUCCUUUCGCAACUAAAGCUAUUGCCACUGUUUUAGUGCAAGAAUCAAUUAAAAAUGAUUUUGUGGAGAAACUAAAACAACAACUUAAACCCUAUCCAAAGGAAGCAGUAAAUAAUAAUGAACAUUUCAUUAAAGCCUUAAGUACUGCCCACAAAUUAAGUGCCCAACUUAUAACUAUUGCUCAAAAGGAAGCUAAUGUUUAUGCACCCACGUUAGUAUGUGAUUUCACCCAUGAACAAUUGGGCUCUACUACACCCUCAGGAAUAGUUACUUUCCACACUUUCCGCACCGCUAAAGAAGCUAUUGCUUUGGUUAAUAAGGAAUCAUUUAAAUUUAAUUCAGUCUCCAUUUGGCAUGAAAAUCAUAGUUAUGCUUAUGAAUUGGUUGCAGCUCUUAAGUCGGAAAACUAUUUUAUCAAUUGUUAUCAAGUGCCUUUGACCGGUUUGGCUGAUAAUGUUACUCAGGGUAAAAAUUAUGUGAGUUUGGAUAAAUCCUAUCAUUAUGAAACUUUACAACAUGACGGUAUACAAAAGUGUAUUGUAUUCCCCAUUGGCAGUAUCUUCGCUAAUUGAGUAAAGGUUAAUUAAUGUUAACUAUGUUGAGAUUUAAAUUGUAAAUUGUAUAAGAAAUUUUAUUAAAAAAUGUCUUCCUUUUAUACUGUGAAUAAACGUAACUAACUAAACUUAUAAAGUCAAUAAAAAGUUAAUAAUUUAAA